AUGGAGCAAAAUGAACCUAAGGAAGUUGUGGAUGAACAAUUAGUAAAGCAAGUUCAUCAAGUAGAGCAAUAGAAAAAAUAAAAAUAAGUCUUUUAAAUGAUGGAAAUGUCAGAUUCGGAAGAUGAAUAGCAAUCAGAAUAAAAAAAUGAAGAAACUCAAACUCAAUAAUCAGAUCAAACCACCUAACCAUAAAAUGAUCAAAACAACAACAAUCAGAAGAAAAAGAAGAAUAAAAAUAAAAAGAAGAAGGAAAAAAAAUAAUAAUAAGAAACUAGUCAAAAACCAGAACAAAAUUAAGAUGAUGAUUUUGAAUUCCUCGAUAAGGUCUAAGCAGAAUAAACACAACAACAGCAAUAAUAAUCAUAAAUGAUAUAAUUCCAAGAAUCAUAGGAAAAUGGUCCUUUAGCUAUUAAUAUCAAAAAAUUAAAUUACAAUAAAGAAUUGCAGUAACACUUCAAAAAUGCUAAAAUUGCAGGUGGCUAAUAAAAGAAAGGACAUAAAAAUGCCAAAUAAUCUUAUCUUACCUACAAUCCAGAAAUUAAUAUUCCAUUACCUGAUAAAUUUAAUGUAAAAUUCGGAAAUUUAAAUGAAUAAGGUUUGUAAUUAUUCAGUUUUGUUGCAUCUUAAUAAUAUGAAAGACUUUAAUAAGAUUACACAAUUGUUAAGGGUUAUUAUGAUCCAUAAGCUAUUUUCAAUUUCUUAUAGAUGAAUCCCUAUCAUUGUGAAGCCUAAUUUGAUGUGAGUGAAUACUUUAGAUUAAAGGGAGAUUAUAAAUAAGCCAAUGAACUUCUAGAGAGAUUGCUUUACAUCUAUGAAUGCAGUCUAGGUUAUGGAUUCAAUAAAUUCUUUGAGGAUGCUUCAAUCAACCUUGAGGUUGAAGAAAAUGCUCAUAGCAAAGUAUUUUUAAUGUCCUUAUUCAAAUUUACAGAUGUCUUAACAAGGAAAGGGUGUUAUAAAGCAGCUUUAGAGUUUUCAAAAAUUCUAUUGAAAUUUUGUCCAACAAGAGAUCCAUGUGGUGCACUAUUUCUUGUAGAUUGUAAUGCACUCAAGGCUUAAAACUAUGAAUUUUUAAUCAAUUUUACUUCCAAUUUUGCGAGAAGUGUCUACAAAAGCAAUAGAUCUUCUAUUGUUUUUAUGCCUAAUCUUCUAUACAAUUGUGCAUUAGCUAAAUUCUUAGAAAAAGGGGAAAACCAUCAUUACUCUUUUAAUGAUCAAAAUAUAACCGAAGCUAUUAACAAUUUCGGUCCUCAUCCUUUACAAGCGUCCCAUUAAGUUCUCAUAAUUUAAGCUAUUCUUUUAUAUCCAAUUAUCAUCAAGCAAUUAGCAGAAGCAAAUGAAUUUGUCAAACAAAAUGUUGGAAACCUAGAGAGCUUUGUUGAUAAUUAAAGGAAACCAUUUAAAGAAUUAUUGACCGAAGAAUUUCUACAAAGAGAAACUUAUCUACAUUGGUUCUUGUAAAUUGAUGCUGAAGAUGAUAAUGAAGGAUUCUUAAAAUCAAUAAGCAUCUUUGUUGAAAAAAGUAAAUCCUAAUGGAAGACAAAUGAAAUUCUUAAAUGGAUAAAAGGUGCUUUGGGAUUGAUUGUGAAUCACAUUAAAAGCCAAAAAUUAGACCUUGGAUCUUUUUAUGAAGAUCUGACUGUUGUCAAAGAAGGAGCGCCAAUUUAUAAUGAACUUCCUUUCCAAUACAGAAGAUAUAAGGAAUUAUCGAAAAGUCAUUUUUUAGAGAAUCCAGAAAGACUUGAUUUCAAUAAUAUUUUUGCAGAGAAUAUUGGUGCCUAAUAAUAGCAGCCUCAACAAUAACUUCCAGCCAAUUUCAAUCCUCUUAAUGCAAAUCAAGGAUUAUUGUAAGCUGUUUUUGGAACUUUGUUACCCUGGGUUCAUCAUCCUAAUGCCUAAAUGUGA